AUGAAGAAGAUGAAGCUGUGGCCACUGUUCUUCACAACCUCUUUUGCAAGCUUGCUGGCAAUGGUAUUUUUCCAUCAUCAUUUAAACCGCUGCGUGCCCAGUGAUCUCCACCUGACUGGCUAUGAACGCUGCACCCCCAAGAAGAACAUAGUGUUCCUCAAGCUGCACAAAUGUGCCGGCUCUUCUGUCUUCAACCUACUGAUGCGACAGGCGGAGGAGCGCAACCUCCUGUUGGCACUUCCCACCGCAAACAGCCACCUCCUGGGCUAUCCUCGACUGUUCAACCCCAGGAUUGACCUGCUCGAUUACCGGCACUGCGGGGGCAAGCCCAACCUCCUGACCUACCACAUGCGGUUCAACGAAACAGCCGUGCGGGAGGUCAUGCCCGAAGACAGCGUCUACGUGACCAUCAUGCGCGACCCCACCGACCUCUUUGCGUCCAUGUUCUACUACUUCAAGCUCGACGCAGUCUACGACGUCAACCUUUCCCAGUUCCUCCGCGAGCCUUUCUUCCUCGAGAUCAUCCGCAAGUCCCGACUCCACAACUCGAUGGGAUUCAACCAGAUGACCUUCGACCUGGGCUUUGAAGCAGACGAUGAACGAACUGAGCUCGCAAUUCCCACACUAAUCCAAGCCGUCGAACGCCGCUUCCACCUCGUCAUGAUUGCUGAACGCUUUGUCGAGUCCCUCGUGCUCCUCGGCAGACUCCUGUGCUGGGAUGUCGACGCGCUCGUGACGCUUCGUCACAACGUCAGGAGCGAAGGGCGUCGCCACGAACUCGACGACGACGCCGUCGCCACGCUGCGACGCAGCAACAGAGUCGACGAGGCGCUGUACCGCCACUUUUACCGCAAGUUUGACGAAAUUGUGGAGGAGUUUGGGCGGGACAAGAUGCAAAAUGAGGCAGCCAUCUUGGAGGGCCGCAUCCACUCUUGGCACUGGAAGUGCGUCGACGGGUACCGGGUGCGACGGCCCUCCGACGUGUAUGAGUACGUCGGGAGGACGCGCAACCUUUCGGCGCACGAGGGCGAGACGUGCCGAAGGUUACUGCUGCUCGAACAGGUGUUCGCCGCGGAGGCUAGAAAAAGGAUGCUGAGGCUGUGUCCACAAGAUGUCACCUUGAUGGUGGGAUGAUAUUGAAUAUUGGUGGUAUAACUAGAAUGCACGGCAAUGCUGUAUCUACAAACAGACUGCUGAUUUCUCGAGUUAUAACUGGUAGAGCCGAAAGCUAUCCAGCAUCUAUCAUUCUUGUCAGCAAUAAAAUGGACCAAUACGGAUUGAAUAGUGCCAAAGGAACAUGUCUACAAAGAUUGGGCGUUUCUGGAAAAAAAAAAGUUUACCGGUUUUGGUCCGCAUAAACAAACAGAAAGCUGGAACUUCGUCAGAAUGUGACACUAGAGCUUGUGAUGGAACGCAAAAGUUUGAGAACGUUGCCUGGAUGAGAAGGUAAUUGAGAAAGAAUUUCUUUAUCAGCUGACAUCCACCUAAGCCUAAU